AUGUCGCCCCAUGUGGUGCACGAUAGGCUCGGCGGGGCCUUGGGUGAGUUCUCGACGCCCCUCAGUGAUGUCGGGCGCACAAGAUUGCAAGUUGAAGCGAUUUCCUUGAGUACAUUCGGGACACGUCACGAGUGCAGGCAAGUCUUUGCGAUGAUUCGAGGUGCCUUACAGCUUCGCACGAACUGGAGAUUGCUUCUGAAACACGCCAGCUGCCCUGCCCGGUCCUGCCCUGGCUUGGCGAGGCUAGGAGGAUUGAGAAGCUGGACAGAUGAACAGCAGCGAUCCUCACUGGAAUGGUUCCACCGAAAUGUCCAGGCGGCUCGGGCACUCUUCGGAUCUGCGUCUGAUAGGGUAUGCUGGGAGAGCAAAGACUCAACUGAGAUCUACGUCUUGGAGAUGCCUGGUUUGGUGCAGCAGCCCGAGGACGUGCCCAAGCGCUGCUAUGACUUGAACUUGGAGCUGGAUCUCCAGGCGGCCGUGAUGGAUGGAUCCUUGCCAUCGGGCUUCGACAUCAAGCACUUCAAGGACCAGGUGGGCGCACUGAGUCUUGCCGCGAGCCAUUUCCACGUCCAGAAUUUGGCCCGGCGAUCUGCAGCCCCGAAGCCCAUAGUCUUGGUUCUGGAGGAUGGAGCAGCGUUGGCAGAAGACUUUCGCCACAAGGUCUGGUCGCUGAUCCAGGAGGAGACUCCGUGUGACUGGAACGUGCUAUCCUUGUCGUCCAGCUGCCCCACGGGACGUUGUACGUCACCGCACCUGGCGCGCAUCGGCUCCGAUCUCCGGCUCUCCAGCUUGGAGCGAUGUCGAGAGGUCACAAGCCGAGGAUUUAGAGGCAUCCUGUAUCGCACCGGGACGAUCGCCGAUUUUCAGAACCGAUGGAUGCAAGUGGCCUUUGACUUCGCCCAUCCAGACUGUCUGAGUCUGGAUGCCUCGCUCGGGGCCAUCUCAGACGAGGUUGCUUUUUAUGCAGUGCCAGCCGUGUCGGUGGACAUCUGGUCCAUGGGCUGCAUCUUCACGGAGAUUAAUGGUGGACCAUUACCGUACGAGGGUAUCAACACUCUCGCAGAGCUCACAAGAGCGAUGCUGGUGAACAGGAGGACCCCGGUGAUUCCUCCCACGAUACCGGCAGUGCUUCAGGCAGUCAUUUCCGGCUGUUAUCAAUUUGAGGGACGCUUCCGCCCUUCAGCGCGGCAGGUUUACGACCAGCUUCGUGAAGCCAAAAAGAAACUCAAGGCAGAUGGCAUCCUUGACAAGAUGCUGCAGCUGCUACUUGCGACGAAAACUCGGCAGGAGCUGUUUCAGGAUGAUGCACAUGGAGCUGCACUCCAUCGCUCGCUCACCACAUGGGACUUGCUGGCCAUAGGUGUGGGCUCGACCGUGGGCACAGGGGUUUUCUCCAUCACAAGCCAAGUAGCGGCGCAGCAGGCCGGUCCUGCUGUCCUGCUCUGUUGGUGCGCCGGUGGUGCUGGCUGCAUGCUUUCCGCGCUCGCCUACAUGGAACUCUCGGCAAGGCUGCCUGUGGCAGGAUCGGUGUAUGCAUUUGCAUACCAUGCGCUGGGAGAGGUCUUUGCCGUGGUCGCUGCGGGCUGCAUUACUCUGGAGUAUGGGAUCUCUGCAUCCGCGGUGGCUGCAAACUGGGGUGACAAGUUCAGGACUCUGGUGGCCUCGCUCGGAGCACCAUCAUUUGCUUCCCAUCUUACCACGAAGAUUGGCCCAGUGACACUGUCAUUUCCAGCGCUGGUAGUUCUCUUGCUGGUCACCACAUUGGUCUACGUUGGAGGAGAUCUGGGAAAGCGUUUCGCACGAGUUUCCUCGGCCUUGGCGGUGCUCCUCAUCCUGCUGAUGGUUGCAGCUGCCAUGACGAAGUUUCAGGCUGAGCAUUUCGAUCCCUUCGUGCCGUCGGAAUUUGGGGCUUCAGGCGUGAUGUCCGGAUGCGUGACCACCUUCUUCGGUUUCCUGGGCUACGACGAAGUCUGUUGCAUGGCCGGAGAGGCUCUGGAGCCGCAGAAGUCGGUUCCCCGAGCUGUGCUCGGGACCGUGUUCAUUGCGACGCUGCUCCCGGCCUUGGGAUCGGUUGCUCUGGUUGGCUUCUUGCCAUACAGCGACAUCGAUGCCAAUUCGGGCUUCGAAGUGGCUUUCCGCCAGAGGGGAUGGACGUUCCUCUCCCACAUGGUGAGCAUUGGAGAGCUAAUCGUCCUUUUUGUCGUCACGUAUAUGUGCUUCUUAGCGCAACCACGGGUUUUCUAUGCCUUAUCCAUGCAUGACCUGCUUCCGAGAAGGUUCCGUGAUCUGGACGAGCACGGCACUCCAUGGUUUGCGACACUCUGGACCGGCCUGCUCCUCAUCGCCUGCGGGGCGCUGCUUCCCUUUAGCACCUUGGCAAACGCCAUCUCCGGCGGUGUUUGCGUGGCUUUCAACCUUGUGAACUGCUCGCUCAUCGUUCUGAGAAGAGGAGGGCGGGCCGCAAACCGUCAACUGGGGGCUGCUCUGGUUGCCUUCAACUUGUUCUCUUUCCUUGCGGCCGUGCUGCUGCAGCAUGGUGGGAACGGACUGCUGGCAUGGUCUCGAAUAGCUUCGCUCGCUUGUUGCAUUGCGACCUUGCUGGCCCUGGUCCUACUGGCCUGGCAGCUGGGUGCUAGUCAGGAUGAGGGACAGAGUGAAGAGGCUUUCUACCGGGUCCCUUACGUACCGUGGAUUCCAUGCUGCGCCAUGGUUUUCAACAACGUCAUGCUGUCUUCGCUCAAGGCACAGGACUUUUUGCUCCUGGCAGUGUACUUGCUGCUGGUGGUCUGUCCGUACCUCACUGCAACGCUUUGCCGAUUCAAGAAGAGAAGGCAAUCGACGGUGGAAGUAAGCCUGGCAGCAGAAGGACGGUAG